UUUCAUUUGCUAAUGUUCCAGUCCACACUGUCCGGCAUAUCCCGGCGGCAGCGCCACCCAUUUUCCACCGCCGUCUCCGCCGCCAUCGCCGCAAACAGCGUUCCUGCCUCGCCGCUUCCUCCCCCAUCUUUCACCAUCCGGCCCCCAGUCCACCCUUGGCCUCGCCGCCUCACUCCUCUCAACCUCGCCUCCCUCAUCUCCCGCCAGCACGACCCCGACCUCUCUCUCCAAAUCUUCCACCACGCCCAAUCCCUCUACCCUUCCCUCUCUUACGCGCCGCAACCCCUCCAUGCGCUCUUCCUCAAACUCUCACGCGCCCGCCGCUUCUCCAUCCUCGAGUCCCUCCUCACGCGCCUUCCCAAUCCGCCGCCGGAACCCUCACUUGUCAUCCUCAUCCGCGCAUACGGCCUUGCCGGAAAACCCCUAUCGGCCGUCCGCCUCUUCCUCAAACUGCAACCCCUCCGCGUCCGAACCUCCGUCAAAUCCCUCAACGCGCUCCUGAACGCGCUGGUUCAGAACAAACGGUACCGUUUAGCGCACUCUGUGUUUAAAAGCUCUGCGGAAAAAUUCGGAAUUGUGCCUGACGUUGUUAGCUGCAACAUUUUGCUCAAGGCUCUGUGUAAGAGCAAUGAAGUUGAUGUUGCGGUUAGGGUUUUGGAUGAGAUGGGUUUGAUGGGUUUGGUUCCCAAUGUGGUUAGUUAUACAACUGUGUUGGGUGGGUAUGUGUUUACGGGUGAUAUGGAGAGUGCUAUGAAGGUUUUUGGGGAGAUUUUGGAUAGAGGGUGGGUGCCUGAUGCAACCACCUACACUGUUUUGAUGAGUGGAUUUUGUAGGAUGGGAAAGUUUGUGGAGGCAAUUAGGGUUAUGGAUUUGAUGGAGGAGAAUAGGGUUCAAGCUAAUGAGGUUACUUAUGGUGUCAUGAUUGAGGCUUAUUGUAAGGGGAGGAAAUCUGGGGAGGCUGUGAACUUGCUUGAGGAUAUGGUUGCAAAAGGGUUUGUGCCAAAUUCGGUGUUGUGUUGUAGAGUUGUUGAUUUGUUGUGUGAGGAGGGGAGUGUGGAGAGGGCUUGGGCGAUGUGUAGGGGGAUGGUGAGGAAAGGGAUUGAGGUUGGUGGCGCGGUGGUGAGUACGAUUGUGCAUUGGCUUUGCAAGGAGGGGAAGGUGGUGGAGGCAAGAGGAGUGUUGGAUGAACUGGAGAAGGGGGAGGUUGCGAGUUUGUUGACUUAUAACACACUGAUUGUGGGAAUGUGUGAGAGAGGGAAGCUUUGUGAGGCAGCGAGGCUGUGGGAUGACAUGGUGGAAAAGGGUAGAGCUCCAAAUGCAUAUACUUACAAUGUGUUGAUUAAAGGGUUUUGUAAGGUUGGGAAUGUGAAGGAGGGUAUCAGAGUGCUGGAGGAGAUGGUGGAGAGUGGAUGCUUGCCUAACAAAUCAACAUACUCCAUAUUGGUUGAUGGGAUUUCUGUUUCAGGAGGAAAGAAAGAGGAAAUCGAGAAGGUAGUUUUGUUGGCCAUGACUUCUGGAGUUGAUGGGGACUUGUGGGAACUUUUGUUAAAACUUGUGAUCAAUUUAGAUGGCAAUGCAGCUAAACUGGAUAGGAUAUUGACAGAGAAUGCAGUGUGAUAAAAGAAACUCUGGGAUGUGCUUUCGUGUUUGAUCUUUGGAAGUUGACCACCAAAGGGGAUUGAAUUUCUGAAUCAAAGGGAAUCGAUGCAUGUUUUGUAUGUUGCAUUGCAUGUAUCUCAAUCCCUUUGUGGCGUGCUUGGAGAGUGAAACAAGUUCGGAAAGUGAGCCUGAGCUGUCAAAUAGCUAUGGGAUUCUCAUUCCAUUACUGAUUCUUGUUUAGUGAGUCUGUUUUGCGAUUCGAUUCAAGUAAUGAAACAUAAUCUAAUCAUUCGAGGGUUCAACUGCUCAAGCACUUGGUUGGUUUCAUUCCUAGUAAGCUGCAUCUAUUAUAAGCAUGCCACUGACUGCAAGCAAAUUUUCCUGAUGCUAUUCUGGGUUGGCAAAUUGCAUUGGUAUUUGGAAUGAUGUCAAUGUGGUAAUAGAAAAGUAACAUCAAAAGGAAAAUGUUGAUAUUCUUUCCCAUGCCUAUGGUUUAGCCUGCAUCGUAUAAUGUUGGUCUUUGUAACUUUUGAGUCUAAUAUGGUAGCCAAUUCAGUUGUGUUAAAUUAUACAAAUAUUCUUCAGUAAGAAUACAUUAUAUUGAGAGUGUCUGUAUAAUAGGGGGAAAAACUUGGGAAGUGAGAGAAUAAGUUGAAAGAAAGAGCUUGAGAAUUUGGAAGAUCCAAGAUUUAGUUCUGCGCCAUGCUCACAGGAUGUAACUGUGACAUCACAUUGUCAGUGACCUUCGCUGGAAGAUUCAGUCCCAAGGAUGAAGGAGAAUGAGCACUCUGGAACAAAAUCAGGCUCUAGUGUGCAUCAUUUCUUGCUUGAAUGGAAUAACUUAGCUUCAUUAUUUUCAAUUCUAUAUAAUUAUGUAGCUUUUUCAAUAUCUUCAUUUGGUAGUCUUAUAAGUUUCUUCAUUAUAGUUAGCACGUUGUGCUGUCCUCAAUCUUCAGAAUCUCCAGCUGGGCACUUUUUGGUACCUUUAUUUCUUUGGAAAUUUCACCCAACUUCAAACACACAUUUGUAAAAGUCAAGUUGUUGCAGUUGAGAUCUAAGGCAUUGGAACGCUUCAAACUUUCUCUGAGAA